CAGCCGGCUCCGCCGAGUAUCCCCGGGAACGGCCGGCGCUUCGGAGCCGGUAGGCGGCCGGAGGCGGGAGUGCUCGGCCGGUUCCCGCUGGACUUCGGCCCGUGUCCGCGCGGCCGCGAUCCCGUGGCGCCGUCCGCUUCGGCCCGCCAUGCGCCCGCCGGCCCCGGCCGUGCUGGGGCUGCUGCUGCUGCUGCUGCCGACCGGCGAGGCCACCAAGAAGCCGACGCCCUGCAAGCGCUGCCGGGAGCUGGUGGACAAGUUCAACCAGGGAAUGGUGGACACGGCAAAGAAGAACUUUGGUGGUGGGAACACGGCUUGGGAGGAGAAGACGCUGUCCAAGUACGAAUUCAGCGAAGUCCGCCUGCUGGAGAUCGUGGAGGGCCUGUGUGAGGCCAGCGACUUCGAGUGCAACCAGCUGCUGGAGGAGCAGGAGGAGCUCCUGGAGGCCUGGUGGCUGCGGCUGAAGAAGAAGCAUCCUGACUUAUUUGAAUGGUUUUGUGUGCAGACACUGAAAGCUUGCUGUUCUCCGGGGACUUACGGGCCAGACUGCCUGGCGUGCCAGGGUGGGUCUGAGCGGCCCUGCAGCGGGAAUGGCCACUGCGUCGGAGACGGCACCCGAGAGGGCGAUGGGUCGUGCCAGUGCCGCCUGGGCUACCGGGGGCCGCUGUGCACCGACUGCGUGGACGGCUACUUCCGCUCGCCGACCAGUGAGACGCACAGCGUCUGCUCAGCCUGUGAUGAGGCGUGUAAGACGUGCGUGGGCCCCACCAACAGGGACUGCGGCCAGUGCGAAGUGGGCUGGGUGCGCCAGGACGACGCCUGCGUGGACGUGGAUGAGUGUGCGGCGGAGCCGCCGCCCUGUGAGGACACGCAGUACUGCGAGAACGUCAACGGCUCCUUCGUGUGCGAGGAAUGUGACCCCACCUGCGUGGGCUGCACGGGGAAGGGCCCCGCCCAGUGUAGAGAGUGCAUCACCGGCUACAGCAAGCAGAGCGGCCAGUGUGAAGACAUCGACGAGUGCUCGCUGGCAGAGAAGCCCUGCCUGAGGGACAACGAGAACUGCUACAACACGCCUGGGAGCUUCGUCUGCGUCUGCCCCGACGGCUUUGAGGAGGCAGAGGACACCUGUGUGCAGACCAGGCCGGCGGGGGCUGAAGCCACAGAGGCAAGUCCGCCGCAGCCCCCCUCCCGGGAAGAUUUAUGACAAGCACGGCAUUGGCCACACCGCCCCUAACUUAUUCAGACUGUUGUCCCGACGGCCCGGUACCGGCCACUGGCUCCAGGGGACUCCUUCCUGGAACAGCCGGUGCUCACUGGACCUUUCAAAACCUGUGUUUCUUGGUUGUUCUUGAACAGAUUUGUAUAUUUUGAUACUGUUCUUUAUAAUAAAAUUGGCCACUGAAGGUAA